AUGUUGCAUGAUAAACAGAUCUGUUCACACCAAUUCGAGAGGCGGCUUGGAUCAAUAAAAGGCAACAGGCACCAGAGGCAGCAAGCAGACAUUUGCGGCUCUCAGGACUAUCUCUUCAGAAGUCACACACCGAGAUUAAGCAAUAUGCCAGGAUUAUUUUUUUCUCACAACCACCCAACCGAACUGAAAGAAGCAGAUUGCAAGCUUGGAGAAGGCAAAGUUCAUAAAAGGAAGCAAAAAGCUUUUGGUGCAGAUCUGAAAAGCUAUUUGAAGUCCAUGGUACCACAUCUUGAAUCUAGCAACAAGUCUAACACCAGAAAUGUGACGCUUUCUGCAGAAGAGGUGAUGCAAUGGUCCCAGUCUUUGGAAAAGCUUCUUGACAGCCAAAGUGGUCAAGUUGCCUUCAGGGAGUUUCUGAAGUCAGAAUUCAGUGAGGAGAACAUUGAGUUCUGGCUGGCUUGUGAGGACUAUAAGAAAACCAAGUCUGAUCACUUACAAGACAAGGCGGAGAAGAUUUAUGAAGAGUUUGUUCAGAUAGAUGCAGCUAAACAAAUCAAUAUUGACUAUCAUACAAGGAAAGCUACAGCUAAAAAGGCUCAAGACCCAACUUUCACAAGUUUUGAUGAAGCCCAAAAAACUGUAUAUGUGCUAAUGGAGCGGGACUCGUAUCCUAGAUUCUUGAAAUCAGAAGCCUACCUUAAUCUUUUAAACAAGCUUCAUGUCAACAGUGUUAAGUGAGCAGUUUGAUGCCAUGGAAAUCUGAGGGUAGACUAUGCAUGUCAAUUAACCUACAGCAAAGAGUAGUGCAACUACUGUGCAACUGGGUCUCAGCGUAGAGAAUGGAAACUUCAGUCUCUGAAGUGCUGGCGAAGUGCAGAUAGACAAUCAUACAUGAUAAAACCCAACAAGAUGAAGGCACUCAAGCUAGGUUUCCAAGCCUGAUAGCGUGGGAAGGGGGCUGUGGAGGGGGAGACCCUCUUCUCCUUUAUGCCACUAAACUGAAACUGGAUACAUAGUUAUUAAUUAAUUGUAUCGCACUGUGAAUUCCCACAGGACAGACAACAGUUUGGAAGAGCUAGGAUAAAACCCUUGUAUCUGAGUGUGAUGGGUAAAAUAAUUGAUAUUGGGAGAAAAAAUACUUUUAAAUUGUCAAUUUGUGUACUAGCUACAGAAAUGCAUAAAACAGACCAAUAAGCCAAAUGAAAACUUGUCCAGGCUAUGAAAUGUUAAUAAAUGUGUGCAGUUCUAAUGUAUUCAGUAAAAUGUAUUAUAAAUGUGACAAUUGAGAAUAGGUUUAAGUUAUAUAAGCUAGAUAUUACUAUUUAUGUAUUAAGCAAGUAGGUAUGUAGCACAUUUUUACUAUUUAAUUUAUUGCAAGGUGU